ACACACGAGGAAAAUCUCACGAAGGAGGCGCUUGACACAUUAAAUUACCUUGAACAGCUGCUGGCAGGAUUGUUGAAUUAUUUUCUMACGUUUUCCCAUUUCAGCACAACAUUGCAUAUUUAUUUUUUUUGUCUUUGAGGUGUCCCUGUAAGUCGCAGCCCUGCAUUCCAAAAAGGAAGACGAGUACUUCGCCAUGAGCUCCGACGGGGAUGGUGACAUGGAGAAUCAGGCUGAGCUGGAAGAAAAGACCAGGCUUAUAAACCAGGUGUUGGAGCUUCAGCACACUCUAGAAGACCUGUCGUCGCGUGUGGAUGCGGUGAAGGAGGAGAACCUGAAGUUGAAGUCUGAGAACCAGGUUCUGGGUCAGUACAUCGAGAACCUUAUGUCUGCCUCCAGCGUGUUCCAGACCACUGACACCAAGAGCAAACGAAAAUAAGGGACCAGACAAGAACCGCCACUGCCCUCCUAAACCAACCCCCCUCUACCUUCAGCCCUC